AUGUCAGUCAUCGUUUCAGUUCAACAAAAAUCACAUCAUCCGAUGAUGAAAAUCGCAUUUCCAUAAGAAAUGACAAUUACAUUUUGACAUCGAACGCAAUUUGACAUUUUAUCGGUUUCUAAUAUUGACUACCGUGUAUUUACAAUUUUAUCUGUGAAGAAAUAAGUAAAGUUCAGUGUCUUGGGUGGUCUUGUUAUUUGGACAAAAAACGUGUUUUUAAAACGUUACCUGACUUUCAACGACAUAAGCCAAUUACCAAUUACAGCAUUUCGACGCAAUUCGAUAGUCGAACCAAUUCAAUUGUUCACCUAUACAAUGACAGCACCAAAGACGACGACGACGACAGGCAAAACAUGUUGAAAUCAAUCGACAAAAAUAAUUCAUUAUCAAUUUGCUAGUUAUAAAAAUAUUUCACCAGCAUUUCAUUUAACCAGAACAUUUCCUUAAUCCAUUCACAUUGAACCGUAAGAAUAACAAACAAGCAAGAAAAAGAGAGCAAAGUGAGUGUUUCUAUCGGAAAAAAUCUAAAUAAAUAAAACACCAAGCCGAUUUUCAACGCAAGCAAAUAGUAGUAAGCUGCUCGCGGUAAAGGUCAUCCCGUUAUCAACCCAAACGUAGCUCGUAUAAAAAACGUUUUCGUCGUUUUGUUCCCAACGUCGUCUUGUGCAAACCUCAAUUCGAGAUGAUUUCAUUUAUAAAGUAAACACAUUCAAUAAGAACAAAAAGCAUAGCAUUAUGAUAGCGAUUCCAUUGCACAAAAAACACAAUAAAAUUAGUUGACAAUAACUGUCUCGUGGGAGCAGCGGACUUUUUUGCACAGUGAAUCGUAAGCAAUUGGAAGUGAGUGAAGCAGCACACAAAAAACCCGAGCAAUUAUUGAAACAGUUACAUCAGAGAGAAAAAAGAGCAAUUUAAUUAUAACCAGACAAGCACACUGUUUCGAAGCGCAAAAAACAUCAAUUCGCUGAUAGAAUGACAGAAGAGUUUCCGGACCCGGACAGUUUUUUUAUUUACCCAAAAAAUCAUUUCAAUCAACGACCAGAAAAUGUAACGAUCAAAACCCAUAAAAUUAACGAACCACCACAAAAUAAAGUGGAACAAAUAAUUUACACUGAUCAGAGGCAAUUCGAAACAGAAAGACUUUCACAAAAAAGUCUGCCAAACUUGAAGCAAUCGUAUGGAAGUAUUUAUGCAAAUAACCCAAAACCACCGUAUAAUAUAUCGGAGAGCGAACCAUUGCUCACUAAAAACCAUCAGUACUCGGCCUAUUUGCAUCAUUUUGGCGUCGGCGAACCAGUUCAUUCCAGAUAUCGACGCACACAAAUAUUUUUGUUUUUCUACAUCGUGUUUUUUGUGGGAUAUUUGAUUAUAGGUGCCAUUGUAUUUCAAAGAUUAGAAACGUCGGUCGAAGAAAGUUUUAGAGAGGAAUUUCGUCAAACCCGUCGGAAAUUUUUAGAGAAAAAUCCAAAUGUUGAAGAUGAUGAUCUGGAAAAGUUCAUCGGUGAAGUGCUUAAAGCCAGUUCAAAGGGCAUAUCCGCAUUGCGAAAUGCCACCUCAGAACCGAAUUGGACUUUUGGUCAGGCACUUUUUUUCAGCACAACCGUGGUCACAACGAUUGGAUAUGGUCAUGUGACGCCGCUCAGUCAAACGGGAAAAUUAUUUUGUUUGAUCUAUGCAAUGAUUGGUAUACCGCUAACUCUCGUACUGCUUUCGGCUGCCGUCGAGCGAUUGAUGACCCCAUGCAAUUGGAUGCUCGGCUUACUCAAUUCAAAACUCGGUCACCUUUAUCAACCAUUCAAUAUUCGAAUUUUACAUCUAUCCAUUAUUAUUUUCAUCGUGCUUAUUCUCUUUUUUGGCAUUCCAACCGCUUUGUUUGCAUACUUUGAAGAGCAAUGGUCGCUCAUGGACGCUUUCUAUUACUGUUUCAUUUCGCUCACUACCAUAGGCUUAGGAGACUACAUUCCUGGUGAUGAUCCUGACAUUGACUAUAGAUCAAUUUACAAAAUUGGAACUACAUGUUACUUAAUUAUGGGUCUCAUUGCGGUAAUGCUGACGUUGAAUGUAUUCUAUGACAUUCCGCAAUUGAAUUUGGGACAAUUAUUCACCGAAUCGCGUGCAGCUACUUUUGAUGGUGAAUCGGAAAAACUGCGCUCAACCCACAAUCCAUGCUAUUCAGGACCGACAGGAUUUUAUAUGCCACAACGUGACGAAGAGAUUCGAGCCGUGGUGCGAAUAAGGCCUCAUCAAGCCGAUUCGCCCAGUCCAGAAGAUCCGACCCCAUUGCAUGCUAAAGACAUUCGCAUUCCAUAGACUCAACGAAUCGACUAUAUUCUAUUUUUCUAACAAUAAUAAUACUAUAUAAAUUAGCGACAAUUUUACAUAUCUACAUACAUAUAUAUGUUUAAGUGUUUGAACGUACAUCGUCAGCAUAAAAACGAUUGGAAUUUAUUUUUCUGAAGCAAAACCAAACAAACUAUUCAUGUAUUUCUAUGUAAAAUAUAAUAAUAAUAAUGAACAAAGGCACCAAAAAAGCUUAGAUAUUUACAACUACAGCAAACAUACUUAUGAAUAAAGUCAUCUCUUAAUUUGAAUUGACGCAAAUAUACACAUUACACUAAUUUCGAUUUCAAUCUGUCUAUGUAUAUGCAUGACUAUCAUGAGGCAUUAAACCAAAUCAUCGUUCAAACUAUAUUAUCACCGAAUGAAAAAAAAAACACAGAACAUUUACUUCAAGAGCUUCUAUCCACAAUCAAAUUAAAAACAGAUGAGAUUUUAUCGUGUAUUUAAUGUCCGACCAUUCAAAUAUAUUUAUCAUGUAUUAAUGUAGAGUACAAACAGCUACCAAAUAAAACGCCGUUUUAUUUAUUCCAAGCA